AUUUCUCGUCAGUAAAGUAGGAAAAUUCUAAUAGAAAGCACAAGCCAAGAAAAUUAUUUCAGAAACGAUUUAAAGUAAAAAGUGAAAUCUCAGUAAACACAGAAAAAUGUCGAAUUUGCCAACGUCAAGAAGUUCGAGUGAAUUUCAUCCAGCUUGUCAUCGACCAGGUUGCCACCGUUCACCAUUCGAUUUGAUUCGACCAUUCAGCCUCGAUGGACCGCUAUUGAGAUCGGGCUUUGGAAACACUUUCCAACCAAUUUUUGCGGAAAUGUCAAGAGCAUUAAAUAAAAUUGAACGUGAAUCUAAAGUGAACAGCGAUGGAUUGUUCGAGGUUUACAUUGACGUUCAGCAUUUCCUACCAAACGAGAUCACAGUGUCAGUGGAAAAUAAUUCAAUUGUGGUGCAUGCCAAACAUGAAGAGAAGAACGAUGAGCAUGGUUUUGUAUCACGGGAAUUUACGCGUCGAUACGAUUUGCCGCAGAAUUUUAAUCCAGAAGAUGUUGUUUCGAACAUAUCAUCGGACGGUGUAUUGAGUAUUCGAGCUCCACCGGCAAGCAGUGUCCAUCACAUUCCAAUUGAACAAGAUGGAUCAACUCAUUCAGGAAAUGAGGCAAUGGAUGUACAGAAAUAAGUUGAAAAGAUUGCAUUUUGAUUGGUGGAACUAAUCAAAUUCGUUGAGUUUUUAUUGAAAAAAUGUGAUAAAUUUUAAGGAAAGUGUGAAUAUUUCGAAUAUUAUUUGUAAAUAAAAAAAAUGUUGUCUGAUAUUGAUAGAGUCUCCUCCUUUUUCUAAGGCGUAAUACGAAAUCUAUUUGUAUAGUGUCAGGAAUAUUCUUGGACACCACAUCAUUAUUUAUAAUAUGAAAUAUUUUGAUCUUCAGAUAUUUUUAGAAUGUUUUUCAAUGUUCAAUGUCGAAGCUCCAAAUGGAACAACGCCAAAUUGUAAUCAACAAUUUUGCGCUAUAAAUACAAGUGUAAUAAUGCACAUCAAAUCUGAGUAAUCAAAGACGAGUCGUCUCCAACAUUGCUUUUAUAAACAUGAAAUACAAGAAUGAAAUUAAUUUCUUUCGCAUUAACGAUAUGAUGUAGGCUUGAAUGUAGGGCUGUAGGCGCACCCAAUUUAUCAUAGCAAUAAUAUUGAAUGUCUACUUUGUCGAUUUGAAGAUAAAAUAAUGUAAAUUGAUUGAAUCAACAUCUGAUGUCCAAUUAAAUGUCGAUGACCUAUUUGAAUAAAAAUAUCUGUUGAAUUUUCAUAUUCCGUCACAGCAAUAGCUUACCAAUUAUAACUGGUAAACAUGGUGUUUUAGGUUUGUUGCAUUUAAAAAUCAUACCUUUAUUAUAAUCUCAACAACAGAACAAACCUCUAUUCAUCAUUAUAUACACAGCAAUAAAUCAGCAAUAAAUUCAAGAGAAUGUUCCAGGACAAAAUUGAAAUCGGUGCCAUGCAGAAUGUCCUAAAAUGUAUCACCAGUCAACCAAAUAAAAGGCGCAAAUGUUUUUUUUUUAA